AUGGCCUCUUCAACAAUGGCCCUCUCCUCCCCUGCCUUCGCCGGAAAGGCGGUGAAGCUUUCUCCAGCGGCAUCAGAAGUCCUCGGAAGCGGCCGUGUGACAAUGAGGAAGACUGUCGUCAAGCCAAAGGGACCAUCAGGAAGCCCGUGGUACGGGGCCGAAAGAGUCAAAUACUUGGGUCCAUUCUCUGGCGAGCCACCAAGCUACCUUACGGGAGAGUUCCCUGGAGACUACGGUUGGGACACCGCCGGUCUCUCAGCUGAUCCUGAGACAUUCGCAAGGAACCGUGAGCUAGAAGUUAUCCACUGCAGGUGGGCUAUGCUUGGAGCCCUAGGCUGUGUCUUCCCGGAGUUGUUGGCUAUGAACGGAGUCAAGUUUGGAGAGGCGGUUUGGUUCAAGGCGGGUUCACAGAUCUUCAGCGAAGGAGGGCUUGAUUACUUGGGAAACCCAAGCUUGGUUCACGCUCAGAGCAUUUUGGCGAUAUGGGCUACUCAAGUGAUCUUGAUGGGACCCGUUGAAGGUUACAGAGUUGCCGGAGAUGGGCCAUUGGGAGAGGCAGAGGAUUUGCUUUACCCUGGUGGCAGUUUCGACCCAUUGGGCCUAGCUACCGACCCAGAGGCCUUUGCAGAGUUGAAGGUGAAGGAGAUCAAGAACGGAAGAUUGGCUAUGUUCUCUAUGUUUGGAUUCUUUGUUCAAGCUAUUGUCACUGGUAAGGGACCAUUGGAGAAUCUUGCUGACCAUUUGGCUGAUCCAGUAAACAACAACGCAUGGGCCUUUGCCACCAACUUCGUUCCCGGAAAGUGAGCGAGGUUUUAUCAGUUUGUAAUUUGCUUCUGUCUUUUUGAAGUCGAGUGGGAGUGAGGAAUGGUUUGUGUUUGUGAUGGAUGGUUGAGACUUUCAUAUGUAAAAAUUUGUCAGACUUAUGAUUUUAUCUCUAAUCAAAGAACUUUUCUCUCAAUGUAUAAUAACUAAAAUGGUUUAUGUUCUUUGUUCAUUCAACUGCACCAUAGAGCAAAACUGUUGUAACAUAACACAAGUUCAAGCCUUAAUGCGUUACUAGAA